AUGAUCUUGCUACAAAACAGCAGCGAACCUCUGCAGCCUGGGGUGAUGGACGAGGGCAACGUUUCAGAUCCCUCCCCUUGUGUGCUGGGCAUUAUACCAGUUAUAUACUACAGUAUUUUGCUGUGUCUUGGCUUGCCAGUGAACAUGCUGACUGCUGUGGCACUCUCAAGGCUGGCAUCGAGAACAAAGAAGUCCUCCUACAGUUACCUGUUGGCUCUUACCAUCUCAGACAUCUUGAGCCAGAUUUUCAUCAUUUUUGUGGGCUUUAUCCUGCAAACAGCAAUACUCCACCGCAAGGUGCCCAGUACCUUAAUCCAUGUGGUCAGUGUCCUUGAGUUCUCCUCUAAUCAUGCAUCUAUUUGGGUGACAGUGAUACUGACCGUGGACCGUUAUGUGGCAUUAUGCUAUCCGCUACAAUAUCGCUCUUUCUCUUACCCAGAGCGAACCCGUAGAGUCAUUGUCUUUGUCUUCCUCUCAUCGUUUGUGACCGGUGUACCCUUCUACUGGUGGAGUGAUGUUUGGAGGGAUCCGCGUACCCCAGGAUUGCUAGACCUUAUACUCAAGUGGACCCACUGCUUUAUAAUAUACUUCAUUCCCUGCACCAUAUUUUUGAUUACCAACUCUGUCAUUAUCUACAGGCUGAGGAAAAGAACAGGGUCCAAGAAGUGCCAGCUUCGUAAUGGCAAGACCACAGCAAUUCUCCUGGGCAUUACCUCUGUUUUUGCUGUUCUUUGGGCUCCUAGAACCAUUGUCAUCAUUAUUCAUAUGUAUGUUUCAUCUGUAAACAAAGACUGGAAAGUUCACCUAGCUAUGGAUAUAGGCAACAUGUUGGCCCUUCUCAACACAGCUGUAAAUUUCUUCCUUUACUGUUUUGUCAACCGGAGAUUUCGGGACACGGUGAGAGAGAUAUUAGGGAUUUUCAGACGGUGCCAUAUGAAAGAGGGACAAAGCAUACAGGUUGAAGGUUGUUCUGACUCUCUGAAGCCUGUGGGAAUCCCAGUGGUGACGGCAGUGUAGCAGCAGU